AUGUCAAGCCCACCUGUCAGCACAACUGCAUGUCAAGCCCAUCUCUCAGCACAACUGCAUGUCAAGCCCACGUGUCAACACAACUGCAUGUCAAGCCCACCUGUCAACACAACAGCAUGUCAAGCACACCUUUCAGCACAACUGCAUGUCAAGCCCACCUGUCAGCUCUACUGCAUGUCAAGCCCACCUGUCAGCACAACUGCAUGUCAAGCCCACAUGUCAACACAACUGUAUGUCAAGCCCACCUGUCAACACAACAGCAUGUCAAGCACACCUUUCAGCACAACUGCAUGUCAAGCCCACAUGUCAGCUCUACUGCAUGUCAAGCCCACCUGUCAACACAACUGUAGGUCAAGCCCACCUGUCAGCACAACUACAUGCCAAGCCCACCUGUCAACACAACUGCAUGUCAAGCCCACCUGUCAACACAACUGUAUGUCAAGCACACCUGUCAACACAACUGCAUGUCAAGCACACCUUUCAGCACAACUGCAUGUCAAGUCCACCUGUCAACACAACUGCAUGUCAAGCCCACCUGUCAGCACAACUAUAUGUCAAGCCCACCUGUCAACACAACUGUAUGUCAAGUCUACCUGUCAGCACAACUAUAUGUCAAGCCCACCUGUCAACACAACUGUAGGUCAAGCCCACCUGUCAACACAACAGCAUGUCAAGCCCACCUGUCAGCACAACUGCAUGUCAAGCCCACCUGUCAACACAACAAUAUGUCAAGCUCACAUGUCACGUCAUUUGUAUGUCAAACACACUGGUCAGCUUAUCUGUAUAUCAAGUCGACCUGUCAACUCUACUGUAUGUCAAGAUCACUUGCCAACACAACUGUAUGUCAAACUCCCAUGUCGACACAACUGUUUGUCAAGCCCUCCUGUCAACUCAACUGUAUGUCAAGCUCGCUUGUCAACACAUCUGUAUGUCAAGCUCGCAUGUCAACACAACUGUUUGUCAAGCCCUCCUGUCAACACAACUGUAUGUCAAGCUCACCUGUCAGUGUAA